CCGUAUUAUGAACUCUUAUUUCCAGGCAGAUUACGGCGUAAAUUGAACUGCCUUGCUAAUUCAUAUUAUGAACGCUACAAACCAGCCAGUCAGCGGUCACGUGACAGUUGAGCGACAUCUGCCCGUAUUUUGGCUGGUUAUUUCGUAUUACGAGCUCCUGAUUUGACAUUUCUACGCGUCAUUUGACUAUUUAAAACUUGUUUACAAACCAUUCAGUUUACGGCGUCUUCAAGUGCCUUUUUUUGAAUUGUUUUGUGUGUUUUCUAGAUAUGAAAGACUUAUUUGUAUUCAGUUUGCAUCGAUUUGAAGUGUUUUUUUUUUGUUUCUAAUUUAUUAAGUUUGUGUGUUCAAGUUUGUUAAGUGUUUGUAGUUCAGUAUGUCUGAUGAAGGUGAAAUUUUAGAAUUUUUGGAAAUGGACGCUAUGUAUGAAGCAGAACAGCGAAAAAUUAAAAGAAGACGAUUGCGAGACCAAUCCAAUCCCUUUGAUAUUGACGAUGAGCAAUUUAUAAAACGAUAUCGUCUUAGCAAAAGUUUGGUAUACAGUCUCUGCGAUGAGCUUAGGCCUCAUAUGGCAGGAUCAUCAAAGUCCACAGAUUUGACAUUAGAGACUAAGGUUUUGGUAGCAUUGUCGUUUUUCGCAACGGGCUCUUAUCAACGCCCAAUUGGCGAUAUUGCUGGCCAUUCUAUCGCCCAACCUACAGUUUCUAUAAUAAUAAAACAAAUUACAAAAUUAUUAAAUUUGCCUGAAAUACAGGCAAAAUAUAUUAAAUUUCCGAGGACGUCAGAGGAGCGAAGAGCUAACAUCAUAAGAUUUUAUAAUAAAUUUGGAAUGCCAGGAGUGUUGGGGUGUAUCGAUUGUACACAUGUUGCAAUUGUACGCCCAACUGAGAACGAGGAGAGGUACUACUGUAGAAAACAGUAUCAUUCGCUAAAUGUACAGUUGAUUAGUAAUGCUGACAUGGAAAUUAUAAGUGUGGAUGCCAGCUAUGGAGGAGCUACUCAUGACUCCUUCAUUUGGACAAAUCAUCCCCUAAGACAGCAUUUAGAACAGUUAAGCAGAAAUGAGUCCAUUUGGUUACUUGGUGAUUCAGGAUAUGCUCUUAGAAAGUAUAUGAUGACUCCCAUUACAAAUACUGUCCCAGGGUCACAAGAAGCACAUUACACCAGUGUACAUGUGAGGACAAGAAAUGUGAUUGAGAGGACAAUUGGACUCUUGAAAGCUAGAUUCCGUUGCCUGCUUGUACACAGAGUACUUCAUUAUGCCCCUGAGGUGGCAGCAUCUAUAGUGAAUGCUUGUGUGGUAUUGCAUAAUAUGACAGUAAAGUCUAAUAUACCAGCACCGACACUCACUGAUGAAGAUGCUACAUCAGAGGGCACAAUGCAGCUCCAUCAUGCUCACCAUGAUCUGUCUCAGUCUUCAAGUGUAGAAUUAAAUGAAGGUUUAGCUGCUAGGCGCGCCCUCGUUUCUCGCCUCUGGAGUUCUCGAGCUUCUACAAAUUAAAAAAAAAUAUAGAUUACUCUGAGAAGUAGACAUUAGGCAUUUUAGUUCUUAGCAUAUUUAUUAAUUUCUUUUUUAUUUCAUUUAUAGAAUGAACAUUAAUUUUAAAUGUUUUAUAUAAAUAGUUUAUUACUUCUAAUUGCAUUUUUAAUAUAAUUAUAUUACUCUGAUAAAAAGUCUAUUUAUAUUCAUAGAAUUUUAGUUGAUAUAACAAAACAGAAAUAUUGUUUGAGUUUGUAUAUUUCUACUGUAUGUUCUCCAUAAAUUUGUAAUAAACACCAAAUAUUCUCUUAGAUAUAUUAUAUAAAAUAUGGAAAAAGUAAUAUAAGAUAUUAAAAAAAUAAUACAAUGAAAAUACUGAAAUAAUGUUGUUGUUUUACCUGUUAAUUGAUUCAGCUAUCCUAUUUAAUGUAUUGAGCAUUUGCUCCAUAAUAGCUGUCUGUCUUCUUUGUUCUUCUAGUCGUGACCUUGCAACAUCUAUUAAAGCAUUCCUUGCUGCCUCCAUGCUAACAGUUCUCUGUUGUCUUGGUCUACGACGUGUCGGGCGAGACGGAGGGGCUUCUGUAGGAACUUCUUCUAUUUGAGGAUGUGGAAGCUCUUCAGUUCCUGUGUUUUGUGUAUCUAUAGUUGUUAUAUGUAUGUCUCCUCUGGACUCUGACUCUGAUGCAGUGAUCUCAAUCAUUACUGCAUCAGAGUCGGUGUCCAGAGGUUCUGAUCUCAAUGCAGUGCCACUAGUACUUGGUAUCUGAAAAUAAUAUAAAUUUAUUUUCAUUUCUAUGCAAUUUAUUCUAUAUAUAAUUAUAAUAUUAAAUAAUUUAUGGUAAUUUCGGUCAGGGUCAUAUGUUAAUAAAGGAAGCUAUUAUUGUAAUUGUAUUUUUUAACCCUUAAAUACAUGAAGUUUCAAAUUUGAUACCGGUAUUAUAAAUCAUAUUGGGCGCCUACAAUCGAUUUUAUUUUAAUAUUUGGCUGUUUACAUGUUACCAGUUUUUUUCAAAAUAAAAAUAUAAAAAUAU